GUUGUUUGUUUUUAGCUGGCUUGCUAGUUAGCUUCAUUUUUUGUCGAGGUCUUUCUCGGAAAUCUCGUCUAAACAAUGGCUUCCUUCGAUGCGGUAGACAGGUAACAAAUUAACAACAUGGUGAUCUGGUCAGAAAGAUCACCAGCAUACAGAAACUUUACUUGAAUGAUGUGUUACAAACGGUUUGUCGGAAAGCCAGUUGUGAAAAAGAUACAGCACCAAGCAUCAGGCCCUGUUGGAAUCCGAGAGGAAAGCUUGAUCCUUCGCUGUAAAAAGUGCCGGAGAUGUGUUGUAGACUCUUCGUGCCUGCUUUCAACCUCAGCAGAGGCUGGAUGCACAGUGUGGCAUGUGGAUGUUGAUGCAUUACCUGAUUGGAUCUUGUCCGUUAUUAAUCAGGUUCACUGGACGACAGGGAAACUGAACUGCCAGCACUGUGGAGCACGCCUUGGUGGUUUCAACUUACUAAAUUGUUCACGCUGUCCCUGUGGACACGACACAAACGUGCACUUCAUCAAAAGCCGUGUUGAUCAGGUUGUAAAGCAUCUGGUUUACUUAAGCAGACCAGGCACAGCUAGAGUACACACAGGGUUUCAGGUUAAACCCAGAGAUUUAGAAGGACCAGAGGACAGAACCCUGGGCGGUGAUCCACAUCAAGUCACUACUAAUGGACUGAACCCAGAGCCUGAACUCCUGAGCAGACAAAUACAAGCACCUCAUUUUGACGGUGAGCCGUCUGUCAUCUCUCCACACAGUCCUCACCUUUCUUUGCCUCUCAUUCGUCCUGUAAACGAGGAAGUGAAAGAGGCAGCGGCUCAUGAUCCUGACCGAAACGCAAGACUGACACCGACAGAGCUGUCAGAUUAUCUGGAGAACCAGGACGUUCCUGUUGAUUCCUUUUCAGCACCUACUCAGAACACGGUCACGGGAGAACCAGACCUCAGCGAUAGUGUUACAGAGGAACCACAGGACCGUCCCUGCUCAACGCCUGUGCAGAUGUUGACCAAAAGGGAGAGGAAUCGCUUGAAGAGCUUGAGGAGAAAACAGAGAAAGAAAGAACGCUGGAUUCAGAGACAGCUUGAAGAGAAGCAGAGUGUGAGCUGGAAUCAGUCUAGCAGUGAUGAAGAGGAGAAGGAGGGAUGCAUGUGUGCUGUGUGUCUGGAUGUGUACUACAAGCCCUACAUGUGUCAGCCCUGCAGCCAUGUGUUCUGUGAGCCCUGUUUGAGGACGCUGGCGAAGAGCAGGGCCAGCAGCACACCAUGUCCUCUCUGCAGAACUCUGAUAUCACACGUGAUCUUCCAGGAAGAGCUUCACCAACACACCAGAAGCCACUUCCCCAAAGAAUACUGUAUGAGAAAUGAGACUUUCCAGAAGACCAACUAUUCCAAAUGGCCCCUGCCCAGCUGUCCCAAGCAUUUUCACAUUUUAUGGGGACUGCAGAGACACAGAGCCUCGGCUGGUCAGUGGCAGUUCCCACUCAGAACGCUGGGACUAAACAUUCUGGAGCUGGGAGACAUGAGGGGCUGGACUUUUCAGUCUGAUAUGGUCACCUUCAUCUUCUCUUUCCACUGGGUGCUUUCCACUUUUAUUGUCUUGUGUGGCCUUUUCUACAUCCUCCUAUGGUGAUAUGACAAGAACUCUACCAUGCCGGAGAUAUAUGAGGCAAAGCUGCAGACAAGACAAGUUUUUAUAGAGUAAAAACUAUAUUUUUAAAAUGAUAAUAUAUAUUUCAGGGAUGCUGUUCAGGUCGAUUUGAGCUGAGAAUAACAAGGUGACAAUAGCUGAUUUAAAGCUAAGCCAAAAAGGUUUGAUUAUUAUUAUUAUUAUUAUUAUUAUUAUUAUUAUUAUUAGUGACUUUAGAGUUUAUAUUGCUAAGAAUCAAGAUAGAAUAGAAUCUAUUGGGGGUUUAAAUGCAUUUUACUGCUUAUUGUGUUUAUUUGAAUUCAUUCAUCUUCAGUAACUGCUUCCUGAUCAAUUUAUUUUUACUUGAAUCUACAUCAAUAAAAUUUAAUAAGUAGUGUAAAAGCACUCGGAAAGAGAAAAACAAGAGAUAAAUUCCCCAAAUGGUAAAUUAUCUAUGAAUUAAGUGAAGAGGAAAGAAAAGAGGUUUGAUCGGAAAAUGAAAAUGAAGAAAUAGACAUCUGUCACUGUACCCAGUACAUCACAAUGGAAACUGCAAUGUUUAAUUCUCUCGGCCUGCCAGAAAAACACUCUUCAGGUUCUUGCACACCAGUGUGUUCUCCUCAGUACUGUGCUGGAAUAGCAGGAGGGAAUGUCUCAUAAGGAAAUCUGAUGUAUUCAGGAUGCUUGAUGAGUUUAAACAGCACUACACUAGCUUGAGGCAUCAGACACUUAGUAAUGGCUCUAAAGUGUUGCAUGUCAUUAAACGAUGAUGUCAUAGCUAGUGACUAUUAUCCUAAUUUAUGAUUUUGUGACAACUUGCUUUUUUUUCCAUAUUUAAUAUUUCGUUCAUUAAUACCAUUAAUAUGAAAUGAAAUUUGUGUGUAUUUGAAAUAAAUGAACAAUGUAAUAUUGA